AUGGCAUCUUCUUCCCAUUAUCAUUACCAUAGAGGAGGUGAUGAUAAUGCAUUUGAAGGCGUAUUUGAUGAUAUAUUUGAAGAUCUCGAAGCUAUUCCCGAACCAAAAGAGCGAAAAAAACGUAUUUUUAUCGAGAGAAAUCGGGAAGAAGGCCACAACAACCUUUGGAAUGAUUAUUUUAGCGACACUCCAACAUAUCCGCACAAUUUGUUCCGCCGACGAUUUCGAAUGAACAAGUCAUUGUUCUUAUAUAUUGUGCAUCGUCUCUCUACUGAAGUUGAGUAUUUUAAACCCAAAGAAGAUGCAACCGGACGGUCUGGUUUAUCGCCUCUCCAGAAAUGUACCGCAGCAAUUCGUCAAUUGGCGUAUGGUGGUGGAGCUGAUCCCGUAGACGAAUAUAUACGACUUGCUGAAACAACAUCUCGUAAAUGUUUGCACGAAUUUACCGCCGGAAUAAUCCACUUGUUUGCCGAUGAAUACCUCAGACGUCCCACAGUGGAGGAUCUUCGGAGACUACUCCAUGAGGGUGAAGAACGGGGAUUUCCCGGAAUGAUUGGAAGCAUCGACUGUAUGCAUUGGGAGUGGAAGAAUUGCCCCACUGCCUGGAAAGGAAUGUAUUCACGAGGAACCGGAAAACCAACAAUUGUGUUGGAGGCCGUUGCUUCAUAUGACCUCUGGAUAUGGCACGCUUUCUUUGGCGCUCCAGGUACUUUGAACGAUCUUAAUAUUCUGGAUAGAUCACCUGUUUUUGAUGAAAUUAUUAACGGGAAAGCUCCCCAAGUAAACUACUAUGUCAACGGAAGGGAAUACAAUUUGGCGUAUUAUCUGACAGAUGGUAUCUAUCCAAAAUGGGCGACUUUUAUUCAGUCUAUACGACUGCCACAGGGUGCAAAAAAUUCUUUAUUUGCUACGCGUCAAGAAUCCGUUCGAAAAGAUGUCGAGCGGGCCUUUGGGGUCCUCCAAGCUAGGUUCGCCGUUGUUAGAAAUCCUUCUAAUCUAUGGGAUAAAAACAAAAUAUCGAAUAUUAUGCGAGCAUGUCUCAUACUCCAUAAUAUGAUUGUCCAAGAUGAACGGAAUUCAGAUACUCUUGAAGAAUUUCAAGAUGACGAUUUUACUUUUACCGUCAAAAAGGCUAAAAAACCCGGCAAUAUAAUUGCUCGUCGUAAAGAAGUUCGGGAUCCACAUAUCCAUCAACAAUUAAAAGAAGAUUUGAUUGAACAUAUAUGGGAUAAAUUUGGACAUCUUCCAAAUUACAUAUAA